AUGCCAUCUGCCAAAAUAGGAGGGGCCACAGCCUCUACUGAGACGGAUGAUACUAUUAACCAUACUUCCUCUAAUAAUAAUAUAUCUAGGAUGAGAUCUGAACUUGAAAAAGUAUUAAAAGAAAUAGAUGAUAUCGGUAAUUCCAUUCCUUGA